CACUUUCAGAGACUUGUCUACAUCUUUAUUUCCCCAGCAGCUGAGAUUGGUGGAGGAUUAAAUUUACCAUCUGAUAUAGGAUUUCUUUCAAAACGGUGAUCACUGAAGUUGCAACAAAGCAAUUGCAGAACAAGUUGUUCCUAAUUCAGCUUUGCUGCAAAGCCCAUGAGAUGGCUUUUACAUGUUGUUGUCUCCGGAAAUCUCAAAAAAAUUUGUCCUCUGUGGAAGAAGAUACAACACUUGAUCUUGGUCAGCUUAAGAAGUUCUCAUGGCAGGAGUUAAAAGUGGCAACAGAUAACUUUAGCAAUGAGAACAUUCUCAGUAGAGAUGGAUUUGGACCAUUUUGUAAAGUUUAUAAAGGUGUUCUUGAAGAUGGUUCUCUGGUGGCUAUAAAAAGAUUGAAAAGUGAACGUACUCCUGGUAGAGAGGCUCAGUUCCAGAAAGUAAUGGAGACCAUCGCCAUGGCUAAGCAUCAGAACCUCCUUAAGUUAUUUGGCUUCUGUAUCACACCAACUGAACGGUUGCUGGUUUAUCCCUUCAUGGCUAAUGGAAGUGCUGCAUCCCAAUUAAGAGAUCAACGUCCAUCACAACCUUCACUUGAUUGGCCAAUCAGGAAGCAAAUUGCAUUGGGAUCUGCAAAGGGUCUUUCUUAUUUGCAUGAACACUGCAAGCCAAGGAUUGUCCAUUGUGAUGUGAAGGCUGCAAACGUUUUCUUGGAUGAGGAUUUUCAGGCUUAUGUUGGGGACUUUGCCUUAUGUAAACUGAUAAACUUCAACAAGACUCAAAUCAUUUGUACUGUAGAUGGCACAAUUGGGCAUAUAGCUCCAGAAUAUCUCUCCAAUGGAAGAUGUUCAGAAAAGAUCGAUGUUUAUGGCUAUGGAAUUAUGCUUCUAGAAUUGAUCACUGGUCAGAAGGCAUUCGACCUUUCUCGACUUUCAAAAGAUGAUGACAAUGUUAUGCUUCUUGACUGGGUGAAAAGAUUUGUGAAGGAAAAUAAGUUAGAGAUGCUGGUUGAUCCUAAUCUUGGAAAUAAUUAUGUAGAGGCUGAAAUGGAGCAACUGAUGCAGAUUGCACUACUUUGCACACAAGGCUCACCAGAGAAUCGACCUAAGAUGUCAGAAGUUGUGAGAAUGGUUGAGGGUGUUGGGUUGGCAGAGAGGUGGGAGAACUGGCAAAAGAUGGAAAUUUCUGACCAGCAGAUGGUCCCAAUCCUUAAUGCUACUUGUGCUCAGAUUUUUGACUCUACACAUAAUUUACAAGCUGCUGAGUUAUCUGGUCCAAGAUGACUCUUUUCCUUGGUUCUUAAUUCUUUUCUACUCCAUGGAUUUCAUACUUUGGAUACUUAUGCACUAAAUGGUAAUAAGAUUUUGAAGAAAAAAAAAUGUAAU